AAAAUGGCUGGAGAAAACCUCACCAUGGUAUCUGAAUUCAUCCUGGUGGGAUUCUCUAAUCAUCCUGGGCUGCAAGUUGCUAUCUUUAUGUUGUUCCUAGUGAUCUAUGUUAUAACCCUUGUGGGGAAUCUUGGGAUGAUCAUAUUAAUCAGAAUUGACUCCCAACUUCACACCCCCAUGUACUUCUUCCUCAGCCAUCUGUCUUUUAUAGAUUUCUGCCAUUCCUCCAAUACCAUCCCCAAAGCACUGUCAAAUGUCCUUUUGGGUAGGAAAGCCAUUCCCUACAUUGGGUGUAUUGUGCAAUUGUAUCUCUUUAUUGCUUUAAUUACCUCUGAAUGUUUCCUCUUGGCAAUGAUGGCAUAUGACCGCUAUGUGGCCAUCUGUAAUCCACUGCUUUACACAGUUGUGAUGUCCCAGAAGCGCUGUCUCAGGAUGACAGCUGUGAUGUAUGCUGCAGGCUUCUUUAAUUCAGUGAUACACACCACCUUAACACACAGGCUAAAUUUCUGCCAAUCAAAUGUCAUUGAUCAUUUCUUCUGUGAGUUGCCCUCAUUACUCAAGCUCUCGUGCUCUGAGACCCACACAAGUAAAAUGUUAAUGCUCAUGAGUGCUGGGUUUAAUAUAUCAGGAUCCAUCCUGAUAAUCUUGAGUUCCUACACUUAUAUUCUCUUCACUAUCCUGAAAAUCCACUCCACUGCAGGUAGGCAUAAAGCCUUUUCCACCUGUGUCUCCCACUUGACAGUUGUGACCAUCUUCUAUGGGACUGCUGUGUUUACCCACUUGCAACCACAUUCAGAGUAUUCACAGAAUCAAGACAAAGUAGCCUCAGUGUUUUACACGGUGGUGACUCCCAUGCUGAACCCUGUAAUCUACAGCCUGAGGAACAAGGAGGUGAAAGAUGCCUUGAAAAGAGUGAUGGGCAGAAAGAUGUUUUCACAUUUUCUUUGA